CAUGGACGCAACAGCCCCAUUAGUGACGCUGGUCCUCAUCGUAAGCACCUCACUCAUCGCCACACUUGUGUGCGAUGCACGCCAGCAGCUGCAUUCCGCUGCCCUCUCCCCCUCCGCGAGGCAUCCCCUGGCGUCCUGGCUGCCCAAGGGCAAGAGCCUGUCGUCCAUGGGGCGGCGUGUGUUGCCCCGCCUGCGGAAGAAGUUCAGCUCUCGUCCUAUGGACGAGCGGUUGAGCAGUGUGCCCGUCUUCCUCAUCACCAACAGCUACGCACUUCCGUACCUCACACAAGUCAGGCCGGGCGAACAAACAGGUAUGUACGUAACAUGCAGCCAGCACCCACACAUACUCCCACACACCCAUCAUCUCAUCCACGCACGACACACAGCCUGGCGCGUUGCCUUUCUGCAUGGAUCUGUCGUGCUUUGCCUGCCUGCAGCACUGAUGUUCACAGAUCCCGAGGAGGCCAACACAAUGCUCAACGAAAUGGUGCAGACGGCUGGUCCUGGUGCGGACGCCCGUCUGUUUGUAAUCAGUCUGGAGAAGGCCUGGGCCUACGCGAGGCGGGCAGAGCCCCGGAGGACGGGAAUCGUGGGGGAGGACGGCAAGGAAGCCGUCAUGACAUUCAAAUUCCACCCACCACAAGUCAGUGAGUCAGUCACUUACUGCGUGAGUCAGUCAGUGAGUGGGAUCACAGCGCAUUCACAGAUCUGCUACCGGUGCGCUUGUCCAUCCCCUCCGUCUGUGUAUGAUGUGUGCAGCGUCAGGUAGAGAAUGCGGGGAACUACGUGACCCUUCUCGGGCGUCGGACGAAAAUGAUCCCUGUCUUCGAAGCCACUGGGCUGGACGUCACCAAGAACGGCGACAAGUCAGUGUGCGAGGCCCAACCGACCACUGCCUUGGCCGGCCAGCACUCCACCGCACUGCUUGGCACAACAUAAUCUGUAUGUAUGGUGUUUGUUUGCGUGUGGGUGUUGUGUUGCAGGUUGUGUCCGCUGUUUAUGGAUUUGGAGGACCUUGAAGCUGCGUGGGAGAGGAUGCACAGGGCCAGGCCCGACACGCCGCCCAAACCCAAGGUGUCGGUGUACAACCUGCUGGACGUGCUGCUGCACCGCGAGAGGCAAGCCAAUGGGCUGGGGCCCUGGGGCAUCGUGCCCUCAUCUAAGGCCCUAGACUUCGUUAAGAAGAACAGAUCAGGGGGGACCAGGAAGGCCAGAAUGAUUCGAAUAAGACGAUAGAUGAAGAGAUAGAUGUUGGUCUGUCCUUAUGAGUGCAUGGAAGCAGCUGCGACAGACCGACCGACCGAC